CUCAUUCUGUGUCCAAGCUCGACGGAGCAUGACGGAGUGUCGAGUCAGACCAAUUUUUAAUCACCAACUCCCGCAAUUAACCACAAAAAACCAAACAAUCGUCGAUUAAAUCACUACGCAGACGCGAGUACGAGUGAAACCGCAGUUGUUAAAUCACCCCAUUACCGCGGAAGCCCCCGAAAACAUCCCUUUGGUUAGUCAUUCCCUCCCCAAUCCCUAAAAAAUUAACUCAGUGAGUGAUGCAAGCCUAGUUGAAGAGAAAAUCCAAUCGCCUCGAUCUCUCACAAAUUAGAAAGCUGUGCUCCACAUUUUUUUCACAAUUCACCGCGAGAAUUCACCUCUCGGAGCUGGCGAGUGUCGUAAAUUACCUCAGUUGUCACAGUUUCGUUGGGAGUAUUCUCAGCGUGAUCAAGGGAUUUCGUAUGCGUUCGCAAAUCUGGAAUUUUCUGGUGAGAAAAAUUCCAACUGAGAAAAUACCUGGACUGGGUGUGCUCCGGGAAAUGAACAGUGCUCUGCAAAAUACGGCCAGCGAUGAGAUUCAUAUGACAACGCCUGAACUCAUUUUCCAUCAUGGAUAUCAAGCAGAAACCCAUCACAUUUGGACGGAGGAUGGCUAUCGGCUCGAAAUUCACCGAGUUGUCCCGCCCAUCGCUGAAAAAAAAUUGAAGGAACCGGAUGUUGAAACAGGAUCGUGGAGUAUUUAUGAUACUGGUAAAAAGCGUCAGAGACCAACGGUCAUCAUACACCAUGGUCUCCUUUCUAGUUCUGCCGACUGGGUUUUACUCGGUCCAAAACGAGCACUCGCGUACGUACUUUGUGACGAGGGGUACGAUGUGUGGCUGGCGAAUGCCAGGGGAAAUAGAUACUCACAAUGCCAUAAGACAUUCAGUACUAAGGACAAAGAAUUCUGGGAUUUUAGCUGGCAUGAAAUUGGAGUGUACGACCUACCAGCAAUAAUUGAUUACAUCCUGGAGAAGACUGGUAAUCCAAACAUGUCGUACAUUGGCUACAGCCAGGGUACAACAGCACUGUUCGUUAUGGCAAGUGAACGUCCUGACUACAUUGAUAAAAUAAAAGGAAUGGUCUGCAUGGCACCAAUAGCAUUUCUCUCCAAUCAUCGUAGCCCACUUUUGAAAUGCGUUGUACCACUUCACGUCCUGAUGAAAUGGGCGUCAGUGUACUGCAAUAUCAAUCAGUGGUUUCCGAGGAAUAAACUGCAGGCAUUUGCAUUGGCUACACUUAUGAGGAAUGCGCCUGAUAAGUUUGCGCAGACGUUUUGCUAUGGAUGGUUUCAUCUUGUUGCUGGAUUUGGCAGCGAUCAACUUGACAAGUCCAUGAUGCCCGUUGUUUUUGGACACUUUCCCGCUGGGGCUUCGGCCAAGCAGAUUAUUCAUUAUUGUCAGACAAUAACGUCAGGUUUAUUCCGAAAAUUUGAUUAUGGAGAGAAGAUCAACACUAAAUUGUACGGGACUCCAGAACCACCACUGUACGACCUCAACAAAGUGACAUUUCCCGUUGGCUUGUUUUAUAGCGAUAAUGAUUUCCUGAAUCACGCUUCAGACGUCGAGACUCUCGCCGCUGCCUUGCCAAACAUCAUCGAAAAAUUUAGAAUAAAUUACUCAAAAUUCAAUCACAUUGACUAUCUUUGGGGUAGAGAUGCUAAAGAACUCGUCUACGACGAUAUUGUCAGAGUGCUAAGACAAUUCUAGUCUCAUAUAUAUUUUUUUAUUUUUUUCCCUCAUCACCUCUCUAUUUGAGUGGCGAAUGAAUAUUUUUACAUGAUCGGUAUUUAUUAAUUAAUAUUUCUCAGUUCGAGGAAUUCCGUACGUGUCCAUGACUCAAGCAUUUUCAUUCUGCAUUUUUCAUAAAAAAAUUGUAUUGGCAGAAGCAGUUACCAGGAGUAGAUAAAUAUUCUGUAUUUAUUGGAGAUGGAGAAUCACGAGAUAAAGUCAAAUAUUUGUGUGAACAAUUGAUAUAAAUUGAAUAUAAACGAAUUAAUCAAACUAA